GAGCAACACAACAGCAUGAGAGUGAACUGAAGGAGCAGCACAUUCUCCACUCUGCGCACCAGACUCCAGCUUCUCAAUUACAUCAGCAAAUUAAAGCAAGAACGGAUUUCAGAUCACAAGAUUGAAUACUUCAUUAAGAUGUCCAGUUACAACUGCUCCUUCGACCGAAUGGUGCAAAAAACUGAGUGGAGUUGUCUUCCAGGAGAAACGUGUGAAGAUCUGACUUUGGAGAACAAUGGCAGCCACAUCAAGCUUGAUGAUGCAUGCCUGACAGAAGAAGACUACCUAGAGAAAUACCUGGGGCCUCGUCGCUCACCAGUGUUUGUCCCUGUUUGUCUCAUCUACUUGGUAAUCUUCAUGGGAGGCGUGGUGGGGAAUGUGCUAACAUGCACAGUCAUCGCCCGCAACAAAGUGAUGUGGACGCCGACAAACUACUACUUGUUCAGCCUGGCACUGUCGGACCUGCUAGUGCUGCUGCCCGGUAUGCCCCUAGAGUUGUAUGAGCUGUGGCAGAACUACCCAUUUCUGCUUGGAGAGGGAGGCUGCUACUUCAAAACCUUCCUAUUUGAGAUGGUCUGCUUGGCUUCCAUCCUCAAUGUGACGGCGCUAAGCGUGGAGCGCUAUAUAGCUGUGGUGCACCCCCUACAAGCAAAGUAUGUUGUUACACGCACUCAUGCCAAGCGGGUCAUCUUAACAGUGUGGGCCCUGUCAGUGCUGUGCGCUGUGCCAAACACAGUUCUUCAUGGCAUUGCCACCCUUCCUCAUCACCUCACCAGCCCUGAUAAUUUAAGUAAGGACCUCCCCGCCUCAGCAAUAUGCACACUGGUGAAACCACGCUGGAUGUACAACCUGACCAUUCAGUUGACCACUUUGGUAUUUUUCAUUUUGCCCAUGUUCACCAUCACCAUUCUCUAUGUGCUAAUUGGACUGCAACUGAAACGGGAAAAGGUGAAUCAAGCAUUGGAGACGACAUCUGGCUUUGGACAAGACAGCUUCUGCAACAUCCGUAUGCAGCAACAAAAGAUCAGACGCCGGCAGGUUACUAAAAUGUUGUUUGUUUUAGUGGUGGUUUUUGGGAUCUGCUGGGCCCCAUUUCACACUGACCGUCUCAUGUGGAGUUUCAUCAGCGACUGGACUGACAGCCACCGGGAAAUCUUCGAGUAUGUCCACAUCAUCUCUGGGGUGUUUUUCUACCUCAGCUCGGCAGUCAACCCGGUUCUAUACAACCUUAUGUCCACUCGUUUUAGGGAAAUGUUUAAGGAGGUCAUGUGCCACCGGACUCACCAUGUCACUCCCAGGACGCAGUCGCUCAGUGUGACGCGGAUAACCGUCCGCAGCACUCUGAGCGACACGCUGCUCAAUAAUGGAUGUGCUGUGGUUGAAGCCCAGGCAGAAGAGGGAAACAGGAGGAAGAAAAAUGAGAGUAGUUUUCAGUGUUAGAAAAAUAGGUACAGCGCCUAUGACAACCAGGAACUAGGUGGUGUUUUGAAAGCUUGUUGUUCUGAGACAAGACAUUUAUCAGC